UACUGGACAGGAUAGAUAUCGAUCGGGCCUCUCUCGAUGGGGACGCCACCUGCCGCUGCCGGCGGCGACCGGCUGAGCAACCUUCCGGACUGCCUCCUGCACAGCGUGCUGUCGCACCUCCGCUCCCGGCAGGUGGUGCACACCAGCCUGCUCUCGCGCCGGUGGAGGCACCUCUGGCGCGACGUGCCGUGCGUCGACAUCCACCACCGCGACUUCCUCCUUGACGAACCGGAACCGGAGCCGUCCUACAACGGCCCUUACGACGCGGCCAUGUACGACGCGUACAGACGAGCGCGGGACGAGAGAAGGGGCAGGGAGAUCACGCAGCGACAAGACUUCGAGGACUUGGCCGACUCCGUCCUGCCCCUCAACGCCGCGUCGCCGCUCGACGCGUACCGGCUGCACCUCGGCGGCGACGUGGACCUCCGCAGGGGCAUGGACCGGUGGAUCCGCCGCGGCCUUGCGCGCCGCCCCGCCGAGCUCCGCGUCGCCUGCGACUACGAUCAUGGCGCUGGCGGCCAUCACAGAUCUCACAAAGAUCCCUUCUUUUCCUUCGGCAUCUUCAGCCGCACACCCACCGCCACCAGCCGUCUAACGAGGCUGUCCCUCUCCGGAUUGAUCCUUUUUGAGAGCUUCGAGGAGGAGCUGAGAUCCCAGUGCCCUGUCCUGGAAGACCUGCACCUCGUCAACUGCGAGUGCCACCGGCGGUCCUGGGACGACAACGCCAACCGCAUCUGCAUCGCCUCCCGGUCGCUCAAGAGGUUGGCCAUCGAGGGCAGUUCCAGCGAGGCGGCGCGACUGUGCCUCACCGCUCCUGCCCUUGUUUCCUUGAACGUCGGCAUGCCGGUCGCCGUGGAAGAAGAGAUGCCAUCCCUCGCCGUGGCAUCCAUCUCGUGCCAUGCCGGCGUACUCGGUCUCCUGAAAUCCCUUCGAACUGCCAGAGCUUUGGAACUGCGGUGGUUCACCACAUGGGCAUUGGUUGGGGAGGAACCCGAACUAUUCAGCGAGUUCCAUAACCUGAGAACAUUGGUCCUGACAGAAUGUCAGAUUGGGGAUGGAUGCCAGGUUCUGGCGCAUGUGUUGAAGAGCUUCCCGAAUCUGGAGAGAAUCGUGCUGCAAGAUUGCAUGAUCUCGGGGAGUUGUAUGAGGGCCAGUCACCGUGGCGCCCCACUCCACGGGUGCUGCCAGAACCUCAAAUCGAUACAAGUCAAAUAUGAAGGGCAUGAUGUCGCUCAUCUGCCGGUUGCCGCGUUGAGGGGGAUUCCAAAGAAUGCGGUCAAGUUGCACCGCGGCGGCCAAAGACCUAUCAGUCCCGUCGAGUGGCUCGACUGGAUGCAGCGCAUCGUCUCCUGCAGCAGCCAUGCCAUUGGCCUAAGCCAGCGAUAUGCGGCCGUCGCCCCUCUGUCAGACUCCGACGAAGAGCACGAGUCCACUACACGGAAGCACCUUGCCAGCAAGAAGCAUGCGAGGGACAUCGCCUUCAAGGCGCGCCAAAGGGGCCAUCUAACCUGAUUCUGAAGAUCAAUCGGUCUGCAAGGUGGACAAGCUAAUAAGCCGUCCACUGCACACUGAAACCCUUCCAGACCAUUUGCUGCUAUCUUGUUUCCUUCAAAAAGGGAUCUUCUCCCUUUCUCUACAUACACACGUUGGUUGGAGAGAAAAAUGUGUGCUUAUAUUUCUCUGUGCGCAAGGGAUGAAAACAAAGCUUUUGUUGGU